AUGUGAUAUCGGUAGCUCAAAUUUAACAGGCCGACCUUUGAUAUCGGGUUUGCGUCGGCAGGGAAUCAGACGCUUGACCAUAUGCAUGGUCGGUGAGCAUCCUAACCGCUGUGCCACCUACGCACAUUCUUAAUGUUCUGAUGGGAAGUAGUACACUUUAUACAAUGGUUCCACUGCCUUGCUUACUGAAGCCGCUGUCCCGUAUAGUGCUGUUGUUAUCUUCUUUUCUGUUUUCUUUCUUCCUAAAUGAUUUGCCGUAUUCUGGUAAAGCCAAUUUCGUUGAGUAUGCCAAGGAUCUCACUGUUCCUAUGCCGGUUACAUUUCACUCAGAUUGUUCCAAAAUGAAUAGCUUUUUAUCAGAAAUUACUCAACGUUUCUUAUCGAAUAGUAUUAAGCCAAUUCUCUCCAAAUAUCAGAUUUUUAAUUUCACCUUCAGACACAAGCGCGCCUUAGCUGGACAUUUUCAUUCCCACAAUUCUCCUAUCAUAGAUGACACUAAAUUUGAUACUAAACCGACUGUUAAAUACCUCGGAUUAUCUCCUAUUCCCCUGCACUUUCCUGGCUUUCCCACAUCAUGUUGACUUCUAGAAAGACACUUCAUCUAACCAUCUACGUAAGGAAGUUAGAACAGUCUGUUACUAAUCAGUCUCUACGCUUACAGUUCUUUUGUUAAUUUCACCCAAUUCCUCCCAUUUAU